AUGAACGGAGUCUCCAAUCCCGCCGGUGAUAGCCUCAACCGGUUAGUCAAUGUGGACAUCUGCGUCGCCGUAUCCACACCCUCAGGCCUCAUCACGCCCAUUGUACCCUCAGCUGAUACUCGUCCCAUAUCAGGCAUAUCUUCUCUAGUCAAGGAGUUGGCUGGCAAGGCCCGUGACAACAAGCUUCAGCCUCACGAAUUCACUGGUGGCAGUUUCACGUAA